AAAAGUCUCUUUGUUACAUGACACUUAUAUUUUUCUUUUCAUGGUCUUCCCUCGAAACACACAGCCAAAAACCAUAUCAACGCCUCCUUUGUCCUAAAUCCCAACAGUCCAAAUCCAUCGCCACAUCCAACGUAAUUUUGCCGCAAACAAUCCAAACCCAUCUCGGAAUCUAUCCCCAAAACCCGCCACUACGCUCACACCCUCAGAUCCACGGCGUCUACACGUCCAAUAGAGACAAACAUACGGACGCAAAAAGCUUCGGCUCCUCUCCCUUAAAGUCCAUGCUUUUAUUUUUUUUCUCUUUGUGAUUGUUGUCUUUAGUUUAAUGUAGUUUAGUCUGAUAGGCGGUUUUAGAUAGACAGAGGAGGAGAGAUGGCGAGUCAAGUGGUGAAAGUGAAGAGGGAGACAAUAGAGGCAUGCAUGACGUGCCCUCUUUGUAAUAAGCUCUUGAAGGAAGCUACAACGAUAUCUUUGUGCCUUCACACGUUUUGCAGGAAGUGCAUAUAUGAGAAGCUCUCAGAUGAGGAGGUGGAUUGCUGUCCUGUAUGCAACAUUGAUCUGGGCUGUCUUCCAGUGGAGAAACUCAGGCCUGACCACAAUUUGCAAGAUAUAAGGGCCAAAAUUUUCCCAUUGAAGAGAAGGAAAGUAGAGGCCCCUGAAGUUACACCUACAAAUUCACUACCAGUUAAAAGGAAGGAGAGAUCACUAUCGUCAUUGGUGGUCAGCACUCCUAAAGUGCCAAUGCAGACUGGGUUGACUGGAAGGAGAACAAAAGCUGCAAGAAAAUCUGCUGCUAUACGAGGAUGUAGUUUUGCUGUCGAGGAACCUGCCAAGAAGGAAGAUUCUGCAGAGGAUCAUCCUCUGAGCUCCAGUUCACACGAUUCUCAAAGUAAAAGUACUCGAAUUAAAAGGCAGGAUUUUUCAGUUGCUGAGCCUUCUAAUGAGCAGAGGCCUAAUGAAGACAGAGAGAAUGAUGUGGAAGUAACUGAAGGUAAAGCCGAUCUAUGGACACCCUUGAAUUGUCUUGUUGAAGCUGCCAACAGAACCAAGUCUUCUAAGUUACAUUCACAAGGGCUGUCCCUUGCCAAAUCAGAGCAACACAAUACCCAUGAUAAUGAAGUAUAUAUGCCUGAAAUUAAAGUCAGAGCAGAAUCAUUCAGAGCUCCUGAAAGUGAAGUAUAUAUGCCUAAAAGCAAAAGAAAGGAGCUUGGACACAAAAAGAAAGUCCAGGAUGAAAAUAAUGGAACAACCGUACUUCCAGGACCAGUGAAGCGUAGAAGGUUUCGAGCAGCUGGUCGGAAAAGUGCAGCUGCCUCGGGAGAGCUGCAUCCCUCGGCACAAGUCAUGCUAGAUGCUGCAGGUUCUAAGCGCAACAGAAGAAAUAGUCCAAUUUGGUUCUCAUUAGUUGCUUCUGAAGACCGGAAAGCAGAUGUUUCCUUGCCACAGAUAUCUGCAUGUUUCUUAAGGAUAAAGGAUGGUAAAAUGCCUGUAUCAUUUAUCCAAAAGUACCUUGUGAAGAAACUUGAUCUUACAAGUGAAGCUGAGGUGGAGAUAAUGUGCCGAGGUCAGCCAGUGGUUCCAUCAUUGCAACUACAAAACUUGGUAGAUCUGUGGUUUCGGACAGCAUCAACAUCAAAAAAAGUACCGGCAUCCGUCGGCUCCUCUGCGAAGGACUUUGUGAUGGUUCUGUCAUAUUGUCGAAAAGUUCAGACCCCUUGACUCCUUGAGAGCACCCUUUUUAGAGUUUUCUUUGUCUUCUCAAAUUACAUCUUUAUAAUCCAUAGUUUCCGAAGUCUUCAAGGCUGCUGCUUCAUCAACUGAGGUCAUUUGAUCCAUUGUGAACGUUUGUACCUUUGCAUGGGAUCACGUGAAUAUACUUAUUAAUUUUAUUCCAUUGGUUUGCUGUAUCACACACUGUAUUCACCCUGUGAUGAUGGUGUCUAUAUAUGUCUUCCUUUGGAUAAUGAUCUUAA